AGAAGUACUUCAUUUUAUGAAAAGCAAUCGAAAGUUGGCUAUCGAUAUACGAGUGGUUCCCACAGGUUAUGAGAAUCUCACCCUCAUGCCAUCGUUUGACGACUUCACUAACUGUAAUCACCAACUCAUCGGAGUAUUUUCAAAUCUGGAAACGUAUUGGGCCUAAUAGAUAAUGGAUUCAUCCCGAAUAACUAACAAAUCAAAGUCACUUGCCCCCAAACAGAGAAAAACAUCCUUAACAGUAGACAUAAAAUCGUCAAACUUGAAAAUUCAAGAAACCCUCGAAGAUCGUCGAUUGCGGAACUGGCGGAAGUGGUUAGAAAAUCGGGAAAGAACUUGCGAUCAUUUGAAGUCCUUGACCGGUCGUAACUCGGAGGAUUUAUUAAUAAACUCCUACGAGAAAAUUCGCCCAAAAAUUGCGAUCCAGAAUCUGCUUGCAGCAGCAGCUGACUCCGUCCUUCCCGAAAAAUUGAAGGCAGACAUCAACUUCUGGACGACUCCGGUUUAUCUAAAGAACCGGCGAGACCCGGACAACCCGGAAAUUGCCGUGUCCCUCACGAAAAAGCGUCGACGAAUCUCCAAAACCCUCUCCCGAGUGUUCCUCCCAGAACUCAUUCAGCGGGAAAAGCAUUUGAAUCUCCCGCAGCCCUCGGGUCUUUCCGAGAAGCACACUGAGUACCUCCGGAGAAAGUUAAAGGAAUUGUCCCCCCAAAUAUCGAAAUUAAACCUGAAAAUUGGAGACAUCGAUCAGAUCGCGGUCGAGGGUAAGAAAAUUCCGGAUGCACAGCGCAUAAUCUUAAAGAUAAGCGACAAGGAGAUCGUCUUCGAAGAAGACGCAACGCGAAAGCCCCCAUGUACUCGUUUCUCCCUGGACUUUUCUUCGAGAAAGUCCGAAAAAUCCGAGAAAGUCAUCUGUCUACAUAACCAAACCUUUGAUGAUUUGAUUUACGAGUGGCAAGGGCCAAUUCCAGAUCCGAAUAAACUCUCAAGAAUUAUACCAACAAAGUUCUUUCACUUCGAAAAGCCCUCGGGAAUAAUUUCCCCGGGUCUUUGUGGAGAGUUAACCGUCCGGUACCAGCCACAUCUACCCGGAGUUCACCUAGAGUCUGUAAUCCUGGAAACCUUCCCCAGGCUCUCGCAAUCUCCAAUAGUUCUCAGUCUUUGGGGCAUCUGCGAAGAGCCCAGUCGAUUUCCGAAUCGACUAAUUGAUUACGAAGAUUAUUUGCAUAUUAGAUUACGCAAUUCGGUAGUUUCAGGGAUCAUUGAGGAGAUUUGGGAAAGCGUGGAGUCGCCACCCCCUCGGAGUCCUCCCCACGCCCUUCAUUUCCUAGAAUGGGAAGUCUUCUUGGCAAAAAAUCCUGGCUUUUCCUAUCAUCAUGAGUCUAUGGGGAAGCUGAAGAGGAUGUUUCAGGCUGUGGUUGGGCGAGAUCCUUGGGCUUUAUCUCUUCCUGAACUCCAGGAUCGUAUUCUCCAGGCUUAUCAUACAGAUUUGGGCUCCGAGAUGCUGAAUAAAUUUGGGAAAUUGUGCCGGGGCCUCAGAGAGCCCUGGAGAUGGGAGUUAUCGAUCAGUCGGAAGCACCACAUUGUGUUUAAUUUAGUUUCCGGAUUUGUGAGUCAAUUCUCGGUGGUGAGCGAGUAUGUGAGAGCACAAUGUACUUGGGGUAGACGAGGUGUGUUCGUGUUGGAGGGAGGUCAAGACGAUGGAUCAGGCUGCAGUGGGUGGCGUGGGGUCGAGGAAGACAGGCCAUUCGGAAGGAGGGGAAAACGGGUGACUGCACUGAGUGGCUCCACUGGCUCCAGCGUAUCCGCCAUUCAGGAGUAUUGGGACACUGGGGGUCAAGGAGAGAUUUAUGAUGCUGGCUUGUAUUACGAGGUUUUUUAUGUGAGGAUUUAUCGUCUGCUUGGGGACACUGUUGACAAAAUCUCGGCUGCUGUCGAGGAAAUUCAUUCACUCGGGGGAGAGAAUUUCAAUCGGGAUGUAAGGGAAGAGGAAAAAUAAAUAAAAGUUUUCAAAUAUGUAACCGUCAAAACAAGGUCUAUUUUAUCGACGUUCAAUUACUUUGCCGAAUUUUAAUCAUAAAAGGAUGACUAU